UAGUGUCAACUCUGUUUAAGUCAUAUAUUAAACACACCUAUAAAUAUUGUGACUGUUUUUCUAUACGCUAGCUUUUUCCAUUCCUUUUUUCAUGCUUGAUUCAUAGUUGUGCUGGUGGUUUGAGUGGUUUCUCUGUGCAUAGACUUCCUCCUCACUUCUUUUGCUGCUUUAGAUGUUGAGCAUAAUUUCACAUGAACCUGGGUAGAUAACUCAGUGCUCAGCCUUAGACCCCUUAGACAUCACAAACUAGUGUGAAACACAAACCUUUCACAUACUUUUAUUACAACAUAUUUUUCAGUGUUGUAGGUGUGCAACUCCUGUGAUGCAAAAAACAUCUCCCUUGUACUUUACUCUGGUUCUGAACAAAAGGCUCUGGCAUUUUGGUGUGUGCUACUUUUAACAAGAAAAAUGGACUACUUACUCAACAGGAAUUUUCUGCUAUUGCUCACAGUGGGAGCCAUAAUUAACCCCAGAGUUCAGGGGACAUUUAGUGAACCUAUGGUUCCAAGGAUGGUUGAGGCAUGUGUAGGAGCACACACAACCAUCAGCUGCACUUUUCACACCGAUGCUAAAGGGCUCAAAGUGAGCUGGUGUUUUGGCAAAACUUCUGACUUUAAAGAGUGUAAGAAGAUUGAAUUCCACUCAUCAAAUGGAUCCAGUGUGAGUCAUUACCAUGAAGACAAAGAAAUGACUGCUUCACAUUUGACUAUUAGAAAUGUUACUUUCAGUGACAUUGGAUGGUAUUUUUGUGAGGUCACACAGGAUAUUCCUCAACUCAUCAAAAACCACAGCAAUGGAUCUGAACUGGUCAUUUAUUCACCCACAGAGAGUAAUUUGGAGGUCAACACAACAUAUUUAAAUACAACUUGUGACUCUGAAACUCCAAAUGCUUCUCCUUGGUGGCUGUGGGUAGCUUUGGCAGUGGGCUCAGCUUUGAGUGUGACAACUGUGAUCAUCACAAUGGUCAUAUGUAGAAGAAACAAAGACUUCCCUGUUUAUGAGAACACAAAGGAAGCCUCAAAGAGACGCUGGAAAGAAGACCAAUCCCUUCACCUCUGCAUGCCAUCAAAAGGAUAUUCAAAUAAACAAACGGAUACUCUGAAACCACAUAACAAUGAUUAUCAUCCCAAAGGUAGACAGAUGAGCCCAAGAUUAUAAAUAAUGGACUUGGAUUAUAAUCUGCUAGUCCAACUUCAUUUUAUCAUUCAGCCAGUUAUCAUUUUGCUGGUUCAUGUUCUGUUGCAUGAAUCAGUUUAGGCCAAGCUUUAUCUGCUGGACAGAUGGCCUCACAUUUGCCUCCAGAAUGAUUUGGUAUAAUGAGGAGUUCAUGCUUGUCUAAUAACCUUCAGGUGCCCAAAACAAGGCCAUAUCAUCACCUCUCUACGACAUGUAUUUGUGGUGAGAUGCCAUGAUUGGCCAAAGAUUGUGCUGUGCAUUAUAACCAAACAUCUCCAUUUUUAGUCAUCUGUCCAUAUGACAUUGUUCGAGAAAUAUUUCAUUAGAUGUAACAUUACAAACUGUGCUUGCAUGGAGAGAAAGAGGCUCACUCUUGGCUACCGUUCCAUAAAAGCCACUUGGUCUUUUUGUCCCCUCAUAGUACAGUCAUUUAAUAUAUAAUUUAAUAUUUUAACUGAGUCCUGCUAACAAAUCAGUUAUUAUCAACAAUUAUUACUAUAAACAAAUCAGGUGCAUUUGAUUAGCAGCUCCUGGCUGCAAAUUAUUAUGUUAAUUGAUAUGGAAGCAGUAAGUGUAUACUUACAUUUUCACCCAUGGCUUCCACAUAUGGGCUGAUUUUUUUUUUUUGGUAAGUAAACAGUGACGCAGUGGAAUGUGGUGUUUGUCUCCUGAUGUUAGGUUUAGGACCGGAUGAGGACCAGAUGCUGUUUUAUCAUGUCUGAAUAUAUAAAACCAUACAUUUAAAAGAGGGUGUACUUUCUUUUUCUCAUGACUGAAAAUGCAUUACAUAAUUAAUAUCAAAUCAAUACACAAUCAACACAUGUACACAUUGUAUUAUUCUGUAUAUUUGUAGAAAUAA